AUGCACGUUAAAUAUGGGGAGGACUUUCAGUUACAGUUGGAGCAGCUCUUCAUCAAGAUCAAGUGUGACUUCAGAGGUCGACGUGAAGGACGAUUCGGGAUUCCCCAAAAGUGUUUGUGUGGUAGUGAUGUUGUGAUUUCCACCGCUCACGCUGGAACAGACCCUGUAAGAAGAUUUUACUGUUGCAACAGCAAUAACACAUUGGAUGGCCGCCACCACAUUAGAAAGUGGUGGGAUGAAGCAGCAAUGAUGGAUGAGGUCAAUGUGCUUAUUGAGAAAGUAGAUGAACUGUCAAAUAAAGUUCAAGUUGAGAGUGAUGCGAAUUUAAGUAACUUGAAUGGUUUUGUAUCUCGACCUGAAAUGGAGACACUUCGCCACAAUCUCCAAAAGGUUGUUGAAGAGAUUGAACAGCUGAAGGAAACUAUAAGAGACCCAAAUUUGGUGGAGAAGAUGAAAAAGUUGGAGAAGAGGGAUGCUCACAGGUCAGAGCUCCAGUUCAAGAUUGCUGUGGUGGUGAGUGUUGUUGUCAUAUUCAUGGCUUUGAUUAUCUGGUAUAUGAAGUAGAGGAGCUGUUUUAGUAUUGUCAGUUUGUAUGAUAUUAUUGUAUCUCGGUGUAGAGACCCUUAGUUUUGAAAACAUUGAAAGGGAUUUCUAAGUAUGAUUAUGGUUUGUAAUGACUUUGUUUGUAAUGAGCUGAUGGUUUGUAGUGACUUUAUUUGUAUUGAACUUAUGGUUUUUAUUGAACUUAUAGUUUUUAAUGACUUCAUUAUGUUUAA